AUGGUAAUUGAAGAAGACAUUAUAGUUUUUUCAACGGUAUCAAAAUCAGUUGGUAUUGGUGGCCGGAAGUUUCCGGAAAGUUGCCUUAAAAAAACUUUGGCUUGUCCCCAAGUGAAGAAUUGCAAAAGUGAUGUCUACGAGUGGGUUUCACAUGGAGCAUGUUCUCAUUGUUUAAUCUUCGAUACUUACUAUGGGGUUGAGGAACAGAAAUUUUAUGACAAUUUACAUAUUUUUCCUUAUUUCUUUCCUUUCCCUGGAGCAGCCACUGAUGUAGCAGGAGUGAUACAGGAGGUUGGACAUGGCGUAAAAAAUUUCAAACCAGGUGACCAAGUUGUUGCCAUGCUAAGUCUUCUUACUGGAGGUGGUUUGGCUGAGUAUGCUGUGGCUAAAAAGAGCCUGACUGUUCCAAGGCCUCCUGAAGUAUCAGCUGCUGAAGGUGCAGGCCUGCCUAUUGCUGGUCUCACGGCUCACAUGGCCCUCACCCAAUUUUCCGGGGUCAAGCUUGACGGGAGUGGCCCACGGAAAAACAUUCUCAUAACUGCUGCCUCAGGUGGUGUUGGUCAAUAUGCUGUUCAAUUGGCCAAGCUCGGAAAUACGCACGUGACAGCUACUUGUGGUUCCCGUAAUAUUGAUUUCGUGAAAAGCUUAGGAGCAGACGAGGUUAUCGAUUACAAGACCCCAGAGGGAGCAGCUCUUAAGAGUCCAUCAGGUCAGAAAUAUGAUGCUGUAGUUCAUUGUGCAACAGCCAUUCCUUGGUCUGUUUUUGAACCAAAUUUGAGUGAAACGGGGAAGGUAAUUGAUAUCACUCCUGGCCUCAAUGCCAUGUGGACCUUCGUAGUAAAGAAACUUACUCUCUCCAAGAAGCAAUUGGUGCCACUGCUUGUAAUUCCCAAAAAGGAGAAGCUCGAGUACUUAGUUAAUUUGGUUAAGGAAGGGAAACUCAAGACAGUUAUCAACUCAAAACAUCCUCUGAUCAGAGCUGAAGAAGCAUGGGCUAAGAGCAUAGAUGGUCAUGCUACUGGCAAGAUUAUAGUCGAGCCCUGAAUUGGUAAACAGCUUUGAUUGUCACUUCUCGAGUGGAUCAUGCCAUAUUUGUUUUAUUGGGAUAAAGAGGGGUGUGUGUGUGUGUGUGAACUGUGUGGACAGGUAUAUACAUUGUACUCUUGUUAUGAUGAAUUUUGGUACUGUUCUCUUAUUCUCAACUUAAGAUCCUCUUUAUUUAGAGAUGGAAGCCAGUGCUUGAAGUGAUUUUUAAAGCGUU